AUGUCUCAUAACAACAAUAACACAUUAACUUCUUCUUCGGGUAGCACUAACAACAAUCACAACAAUAACAAUAAUAAUAACAACAAUAAUAACAAUCACAACAAUAAUCACAACACACGACUUGCUUCUCGAAGUGGCACUCUUCUCUCUCUCAUUCCACAACAAAUCACAACCAUCACUUCCGUACAACAAUUAAUGGAUCCAUCGUUACGGUUAAUAGCAACCACCACCACCACUACAACGACGACCAACAACAACAACAACAACACUCAAAGUACCAUCAAAGAUAUUCAUCUCAUUGUGAAGGAAGAGGAUGAUUUUAAUUUGACGACCUUUCAAAAAAUUCAAAGUGAAUUUCCAUCUCUAGAAUCUUUAUAUUUGCAAGGACAUUCUAAAUUUAACUUUUUUGUCAAUUUGAGUGAAAAACAAUUUGGCAAAUGGAAUCAUCAUUCCAAACUCAAUAGUUAUUUGAAACAUUUGGCAUUAGUGAAUUGUAACAUUUCAAAAAAACAAGUGAAAAUGGUGUGUGAAGAUGACACUUUUCGAAAACAUUUACAUUCUCUCAAUUUAUCACACAAUCAUCUCGAUGAAUUACCUGAAAAGUUUUACAAACUCAAGAAUUUAAAAGAAUUGAAUUUAUCAUUUAAUAAUUUCACACAAUUUAGUGACCCAUUGAGAAAAAUGAAACAAUUAACACAUUUAGAUUUAUCUUUUAACAAGAUUGAAACCAUGAAUCAUGUGAAAUUUAGAAAAGGUUCACAAAAGUCCAACCAAAGUUCACAUCAACAACAUUCAGACUCUGAUCAUCAUCAUCGAUCAAAGAGUUCAAAAGGUCACAAACCUCUUGCAAAUUCUCUUCGAUAUCUCAAUCUCAGUCACAACCAAUUAUAUGGUGGUUAUCCAACAUGUCUCGAUGAUUUACGUGUAUUGGAAGUAUUGGACUUGUCUGGAAAUUAUAAUUUAUUUAUGAAUGAAAAUGAAGAUCUUUCAGAGUUGUGGAGUAUUUUACCACAACAUCAUUUAACCACCAAUGCAACCACCAAUGCAACCAAUAAUGGUUCCACUUUACAAUCCUCUUCACAACAACAACAACAACAGCAACAACAGCAGCCGCCUCCCACUUCACCACGUAUCCAUGCCAUCACCACAAACAGCAACACCACGAGUGUUAAUCCUAGUGUGCCACAACAUUCACACUCUUCACCCAACUUGUUACCGUCUUCUUCUGGAAUGAAUUCAAUAUCAACAUCAGCAAUAGCUCUCUCUCAACUUGCAAACAUCAAUAAUACCACCAAUCAUCGUUCCACACUCAAUUUAUCACAAAUCUUCAAAUGGAAUAAUAUCAACAUCAUGGGAAAUGAAGAAGAGGAACAGCAUCAGCAGCAUCAACACGUGAUGUGUGGACAUUCAAACAAGGAAUCUACUUCUGCUGCCAAUACUACUACUACUACUACUAUCACUCAUUCAUUAUUGCCAACCCUAACAAUGGGAACAUCAACAACAACAACAACAACACCAUCACUAUUGGAACAAGAAUCAAUUUCUCCAUCAGCAGGAACAACAACAACAGCAUCACCAUCUUCAUCACAACUGUCCUCAUCAUCACAUGAAUCUUUUGAGGAGCAAUCUCAUUCAACAACAACCACACCUAGCACUGCUAUUACUACUACUUUUAAUACUUUGAUGAAUACUACUACUUUUAAUAAUUCCAUUAUUGAACACUAUCAUGACCACCACAAGAAAUCUCCUCGUCGUUUCUCUCGAGUCAUGGCACGUCGAAAUAGUGAAGAUCAUGAACAAGUAUUAAACCAUUCAGAAAGUAUGGAACUGUUAUGGAGAAGAUAUCAAAAAAGUGUCUCUCAAUUUCACACAGAUCAUUUCCAUCACACAAUUACUGAAUUAGAUAUUAGUCAUUGUGGAAUUCUUCAUUUUCCAUUGGAAUGGUUGAGAAGAUUUCCAAAAUUGAAAUAUCUCCGAAUGAGUAAUAAUGGACCUUUUAAUAUUCCUUCGAACGUCGUGCGACGAGUCGUUCAACAACAACAACAACAACAACAACAAAACAAUCUCUCUGAAACUUCUCUCAACAACAACAAGAUGAUUACUUCUUCAACUCCUCACACUGUGUACAGUUCAGAAACAUCAUCGAUGGUAUGCACCCAUCCUGUCAAUCCUUCUUCUUUUGUUCCUUGUCAUGAUCCUUCCACAACACAUUCCACAGCACAUUCCACAACAACUAGUAGUAAUAGCAAUAGCAGUAGUAAUUGUACGAGUACUCGUAGUACAUUCAUGAAUGAUCCUUCCACAACAACAACAACAAAUUCCUUAAUCAUUGAAGAUGAUUUACCAUCCACCAUUCGAGGAUUAUCCUUUUUGAGAGUAUUCGACCUUAAAAAUUGCUUCAUUAAGGGAUCCAUUCAUUCAUUGAUGAGUUUGUCAAGUAUUGAAUAUUUAGAUCUUUCAUGUAAUAAGGUGAAAUUCAUUCCAUUGAUAUCAAGUAAUGAAUAUUGUACACCAGUGAUUGAAUAUUUAAAUUUAAGUCACAAUUCCAUUUCACACAUUCCAAAAGGAACUCUUUUAGAGAAAAUGUAUUCAACCAUUACACAUCUUGAUUUAUCUCACAAUUAUUUAGAGAGAAUUGAAUGUGAUACAUUGAGUGGAAUGACUCAACUUAAACAUUUAGAUUUGAGUUUUAAUGCAUUGAGAGUUUUACCAUCUAAACUUUUCAUUGGAAUGAAAUAUUUGAAAACUCUCUCAUUGGCUCACAAUGAUUUGACUUUUGAAUCCAACUUUUUAGAUGCAACAUUGAUUCGACAAGAAUUAUCAUCUCUAAAGAGAAUUGAAUCUAUUAAUUUAUCAUUCAAUCGAGUGAAAUCAUUGAAAGGAUUGGAAUUACUCUCUGAAACUCUUUAUGACUUGAAUUUAAGUUAUAAUCAUACCAUUGAAUGGAAUUGCAAAGAAAAAACCAUGGAUUGUCUUUUACAAUGUCACAAUUUAGAAACAUUGGAUCUCUCUGGAUGUGGUCUCACUUUACAAGAUUUUUCAAGUGACAAGUGGUUCUCUCUCAAAUAUUUACAUCAUUUGAGUGUGAAUCGAAAUUAUUUGACUCAAUUUGUUCUUGCAUCAUCAUCAUCCAUGAGAAUGGAUUCACACGAGUCAAAUCUCUUCACGACUUCACGUGGGGUGGAAUCUACUACUCCUACACCUACUACAACCACCACAAAUAGUACUGGUGGUGGUGAUGGUAAUACUAGUGGUGGUGAUAAUGCUAUUAGUACUAGUAGUGGUGGUGAUGGUGAUGGUACUAAUGGUAGCUAUAAUACUAGUAGUAGUAGUAGUAGUAGUAGUAAUGGUAAUACUUCCAACAAAUUUAAACUCAAUGAAUUGAGAACAUUGGAUUGUGCUUAUAAUUUCUUUACUCAUAAGGAACAACAACGCAUUCUUCAAUCAUUUAAACAACUUUCAAACAAAUUGAAGAAUGUGAAUGCUUACUCUCUAUUCAAUCAUGUGUAUACGACUUACAAUGAUAAGAUUGAUUGGGAAAAUAGUCAUUUUACCACUCCUAUUUAUGGAUCUAUUCUAUUUUGUGAUUCUAAUCUUUUACAUUUACACAAAUGUAUUUCAAAAGACAUGAAACAACAUCAAGUGACACAUAUUCUUCAAGUAAUUAGUGAAUCCAAUGAUCGUUGUCAAUUAUUUGAUCAUUUAGAUCCAAAGAGAUUCUCUGAAUAUCUUUACAAGACUUACAAAAUGCAAGAUCCUAAUAUUGAAUACAUGUUGGUGUUUUUACCUUCCAACAAUCGAUUGAAUUUUGAGAAAUUGGAUGAAUGCACCAAAUUCCUUGAACAUUCCAAUGGUCGUUGUCUAUUAACAGAAUACAAUCCAAGUGCUCUUGCCAUUGAGAGAGAUGAUGAUUUAAGUGCUAUUGCUACUGCUACUACUAUUACUACUCUCACUACUGCUACUACUAUUACUACUCUCACCACAACGACCAAUGGUGGUGGUACGAGUGGUGGUAAUGUACUGAAAUUAUCACAAGAACAACAUCAAACAAAUCAUACGAGUACUACUACUACUACUACUACUACUACUACUACUACAGGUACCACCAAUCAACCUAUCAACAAUCAAAACUGUAACACUCAACAACAACCAUUAGUCGUCUCUUCCAUUUCCUCCUCCUCCUCCUCCUCUAGUACUCAACAUCCAAAAUCAGUGGUUGUUGGUAGUGAUGACAAUAUCAACAACAACAACUACACAAAAACCAUUUCCACACAUUCCAGUUCCAAUGGUGGUGGUGGUGGUGGUGGAUCAAGUAUUGGAUCAAGUAUUGAUUUUGAAGAAAUCAAAAUCUUGGAAGCAUGUUAUACCAUUCUGAUUGCCUAUCUAUUAAAAACAAGACAAUUAAGAUUGGAUUGUGCCAUUGCCUAUUUAAAAGAUUUAAUGAUUCAAAGUGGACAUUUCACAGCACAAGAUGUUCUUUCCAUUUCCUAUCAACAACACUUGUUAUUGCAAUACGAUAUGAAAUUGAGAGAGAAUAGAAAUGCAAAUUUAUCAUCACUCAAAAAGACUUUGGAAAGAGAUGAUCUUCGAACUCAAUUCAAACAUUAUUGUGCAACCGAACAAUCUUCACAGAAUAUUCUAUUUUGGGAAAUGGUUGAAUUCACUUACAAGACUGAAUAUCGAGUAUCAGAGAGAAUCAAAUUAGCCAUUGAGAUAUUUAAUACUUUUAUUUCAGAGAAUGGAACAUCACCACUGAAUAUUACACAAUCUCAAAUUCAUGCUCUCAGAAAGAUGAUUUUUGUGGAUGAAGUGAAACAAAUUCCACACGAUUAUUUACCUCUCACAUUGUUUGAUCACAUGAUGACUGUGAUUGAAAAUGUCAUGUUGGAUACUGAGAGAAGAUUUCAACGAUUGCAACUUUGA